AUGGCCGAUCCAUUCACUUUCCUCGUCGUUUUGUCAAGUGCUAUGUUCUUAGGCAGCUACUUGGCCGGUUCGAUUCCCCUUCUCUUCACCAUGUCCGAGUCGAAAAUGCGGCUGCUGAGCAUUUUUGGUGCUGGACUUCUUGUUGGAACGGCUUUAUCCGUGAUCAUUCCAGAGGGUGUUGAGUCGCUGUAUGCAGUGAAACAAGAUGUACACUAUGAAGAUCAUAAUGUCGCUGGGGCAGCACAUGGUGGAAUCAAUGCUCCACAGGUAGCAAAAUCUAUCCUUGAAGGAAAUAAAGAUGGCGAAUCUCCGCACGUUGACAGUCCUCGGUUGAUACCAAAAGAUGUUCAAUUAAACGACGGAAUAGUUGGCGCUAGAGUUAAACGUGAAAGCACCGCCGACCACGAACAUGAAGAACACAAACAUUCCCAUGGUUCAAAUAUACAUGCUCAAAUUGGAUUGUCAUUGGUUGUGGGCUUUGUAUUUAUGUUACUCGUGGAUCAAAUUAGCAAUAUGGCUUUAUCAAAAAAUGAUCGAACAGGACGUCAACGGAUAGGAAUAUCGGCAACGAUUGGACUCGUAGUACAUGCUGCAGCCGAUGGAGUAGCGUUAGGAGGAGCAUCUUCCAUAAACAAAACUGAGGUUCAAAUGAUUGUUUUCAUUGCAAUCAUGCUUCAUAAGGGCCCUGCAUCGUUUGGUCUUGUUUCGUUUCUUUUGAUGGAGGGUUUAGACAAAAGAGCCGUGAAGAAACAUUUACUCGUUUUCUCAUCAUCCGCCCCGCUUGCUGCUUUAUUUACUUACAUUAUUAUUGGAAAUGCUGGCUCCGGGAUUUCUAGUAAUGAUCCGACAAUUGGGAUUUUAAUGCUCUUCUCAGCUGGAACGUUCCUUUAUGUGGCUACAGUACAUGUAUUGCCUGAACUGGCAAAUCAAUCAAAAAACACAAAUUAUGAUUUAUUGGUGAUGGAUGCUCAAACUCCAUCAACUCUCAGACAUUCACAUUCACACGGAGGGGUCACCUUUUCUAUACAGGAGCUCUUCUACAUCAUUCUGGGUGCAAUCAUUCCGGCAAUUUUAGCUUCUGGGCACAGUCAU